GGUGGCACACUGCGCAUGCGGAAAAAUGGCGGCCGUAUCUUCCCCAAGAGUUCCCGGUUACCCAGUUCUCCUCCUGUCUGCGUGAUAACUCCCGGGGCCGUGGGCAGUGGCGCGUUGGUCCGCAGCCAGGUCCAGCCAAGGGCAUCUCCUAGCAGUCCGCGAGCUCUGUUCGAGCUUAGCUCCGAGAACGGCGUGUUGGGGGCGGUGUCCGACGGGACCGGGAGAAGGCGGGAGAACUCGCGGGGGGCGAGGGGCGGCCCGCUGGGCAGCAUGAGUCAGCAGCGGCCAGCGCGGAAACUGCCCAGCCUGCUCGUGGACCCGGCGGAGGAGACGGUGCGCCGUCGGUGCCGAGACCCCAUCAACGUGGACGGCCUGCUGCCAUCAAAAAUAAGGAUUAAUUUAGAAGAUAAUGUGCAAUAUGUGUCCAUGAGAAAAACUCUAAAGGUGAAGAGACCUCGUUUUGAUGUGUCCCUGGUUUACUUGACUCGGAAGUUCAUGGACCUGGUCAGAAACGCGCCUGGGGGCAUCCUGGACCUGAACAAGGUCGCAGCGAAGCUGGGCGUGCGGAAGCGGCGAGUAUACGACAUCACCAACGUCUUGGACGGGAUCGAACUGGUGGAGAAGAAGUCCAAGAACCACAUUCGGUGGAUAGGGUCUGACCUCAACAACUUUGCAGCCAUGCCCCAACAGAAGAAGCUGCAGGACGAGCUUUCCGACUUGUCAGCGAUGGAAGAUGCUCUGGAUGAGUUAAUUAAGGACUGUGCUCAGCAGCUGUUUGAAUUAACAGAUAACAAAGAAAAUGAAAGACUAGCGUAUGUGACGUACCAAGAUAUCCACAGCAUUCAAGCCUUCCACGAGCAGAUCGUUAUUGCAGUUAAAGCCCCAGCAGAAACCAGACUGGACGUUCCAGCGCCCAGAGAAGACUCCAUCACGGUGCACAUACGGAGCACCAACGGGCCCAUCGACGUCUACCUGUGUGAGGUGGAGCAGCGCCGCUCCCGCAGCAGGGGGCCCGAAGGCGCGGGCAGCUCGGCGUCGAAAAGCGGACGCCCAGGAAACCCUGCUAAAGAAGAAACUCCUCCACAGCCAAGUGAAGAACUGCUUGAAGUGAGCAGCUGAUCGUGGGAUCUGAGAAGGCGUGCACCGCGUUCUGGUGCGUCCCAUGGACGACCAGGCGUCUGGUUUGAUUCUCAGAGCAGCAUGCCCGCGUGAGGUUGCCUCACUCUUCGUCAGUAGCAGCAUUAAGGCCAGUGGUGUCUUGGAGUAGUUCACUACUUAGAUUACUACGGAUUACUGUGGUUUCUGCAUCCGAAAAAACUCGUUAUAAUUCACUGCUUUUCGUCAGUGAGACAGAUGUUCUGCCUGCUGAAGUAAUUUCAUCCUACGGAUCACUACACAGAUGGCAGGCCCAGGAGGGACAGUCCUUCGAGGGCCCUGCCCUUCCUUCAAAGGUCACGCGUCGCCAUCACCAAAGCGGCCGUCCCGCCCGAGUUCAGGUCUGCAGUUAGCUGCCGGUCGUUGGCAGGGUGUGCACACACAUCUGAGUGUGAUGUCUUUGUAUACACGUGCAUCUAACUGAACCUUUUCACCACGGUGUAGCCACAGGGUGUAUAUAUGGAACACAUAGACAAGUGCUCUCAUUUCUGUGGUGUCUGUAACUUAUUAGAAUCCUCGGAAUGGGGGUUAGAGAAGAGUUUUUUCAAACUUCUCCAUGUAGAAGUAUCAUAAAUAUGCUAUACAUGUUAAGUUCAUGCGUUUAAUUAAAGAAUUUCAGUAAGAUUCCCAGUGCUAGAAUUGGAUUUCAAGCUCCUUACAGUUACUGUGUCUGAGCAGACCGGUGGCACGGCCUGAGCCUUCAGGGACAAGUGUGGCAGUGCCAUCAGGUCGCGGCUUCACUGCGGGUAGAUGCGCACUCAGUUACAGUGACAGUCGGAAACCACUUAACCUGUUCACCCGCAGAUUCCGGGGUACGUCUCUGUGCGCAGCCUCGCUGUUCAGUCGGUUGUACCCUGUCCUCUCCAGCUCCAGUGCCCCGUCCCCCAGCACCUGGCUGUUCUACCUCACUGGGCCCGCCCCAUACCGCUCUGUGCCUCAGUUCACUCCGCAGUGUGCCGUUAGACUGUGAGCUCCUUGAGGGACGUCGUCUUAAUCGUUGUUGUGCCCAGAGCCUUGCACCACGCCUGGCACGUAGACAGUGCUCAAUAAAUGAUUGGACAAACCA